UUAUACUUCCUGUGAAUAUUUCAAAUGAAUAGUAUUUCUAUAGGCUAAAUAGGCCUAUAUAGCCUAUUUACUUUUUACCACCGUACUGAAAUAUGCAGGCCUAUCGCAUGUGUAUCCUUGUGCAAAGUUCAUCAAGUCCGACACAAUAUUGUGUGGUGUGCUGGCGUUGCUUACAAUUAAGAUUUCAUAGCUUCACUUCAGGUAUGGCUGUCAGACUGCAGCGCUUGUCAUUGGAAAGUGAGAAAAGUGACAGAAUAGUGCAAACCCUGUGUGUCAGCUCGCUCAGAGGGCUUAACCCUUACUUGACCGCAGUCGCAGUCUUGUCCUUACCAUAAAGCACCACAAGAGCGAGACAUCGUCAAGGACACAGAGACUGCCUACAGUUAACAGGUUGGCUCAAACCCAGUCAACACAGGCCGUUCUCUCUGAUGUUAGAGGUAGUGACAGCAAAUACUUACAGAAAAAAGUUGUCAAGAUUGGCUAUAGAGGGUGCGUUUGUGUCGUUUGUUUGCAUUCUGCUGGUAGCCCUAAGGUAAACAACUGUUAAACUAUUCCAGACUAAAGCUGGAAGAGAUGCAUCCACGUCCUGCGUCUAUUGUUUAUGGGUUUUCACGACUUCUGCUUCCCAUGCACUUUCAACACUGUAGAAUGCACCCUUUAGGCCUAUUUAUUUUGCAUUUAUUACAUUUACAAAAGGUAAAACUUUCGAGCCCACACUGGCUCCCCUACCGAACUGACUCUGGUUACUGAGACAUGACGCACACAUCAAUACCAUUAGAUGGAAACAAUGUUCCCUUAGUUUUACAAGGAUACAUUUUACACCGUAGUCGUGCUGACAUCAUGAGAUGUAGCUAGGUACAAGGAAUCAACCUGUGGAGGAAAUAAUGUUAAAAUGCUUGGCUGCAUUCAAGUUCUUUCGGAAAUAUCGCAAUUUAACAAGGAGCGCGAGCCAGCAAAGUGGUAGCCUAAAUGGGAAACCGGCUCAUGCCUUGCUGUCGAGAUGUGACGUCAAGUCAUUGAGACCCCUGAACCCGUUUCAAUAACGUUAAAGUAAUGUAUUUCAUGAUUAUGUCAUUCGCUGAGUGUCAGUUAUCAACUCGUUUAUCAACUUCUGCAGCAGCACAAAGCCCCUGCCUGUUUGAUCCCCCCACUCCCCCACAACUGUGUUAUUAUUCCCCACCAUGUGGCUACAGUCACGACGAACACCAGCCUAUCGGAAUUUCGGCUCCUGUCGUUAACUCUGUGAAGGCAGCGUCUCAAGUCAUCGCUCCGUUGGCUGACAGACUCGCCAUUCACCAACCUCGGCCCGCCCAGCAGCAUUUAGAGCGGCAUGGCAACGGCGAGGAGACGGGGGGGAGAAGGUGUGGUGUGGGGUAACAGUCUAACCGGACCAGAGAGAGAGAGCGAGAGAGAGCAGCACUAUUUUCACUCCUCUUACUGACUGAAGAAACGCACCGUGUGGUAGGCUACCCCGGCCAGCCGCGCUCACACACUAACAAAACGAUGCACCGCCGCCGCUUCGCACAGUCAAUGCCGCUGACCAGGUGUUGGACCAAAGAACAGGGCCGUCGUUAACGAGACAGAAGAUCAAACUUGUAUGUAUGUGCUGUGCGCCCUUCUCCCUGGUCCCGUACACAGACGAUCGAGAAGAUGCUGAGCAGACUGAUGAGCAGCAGCAUCAGGAGUCUGGACAGGGAAUGCAACUGCACUGUGAGGCUGCUGGACGAUUCGGAGUACACCUGCACGAUUCAGCGGGAUGCCAAGGGACAGUACCUAUUCGACCUCAUCUGCCACCAUCUCAACUUGCUGGAGAAAGACUACUUUGGCAUAAGAUAUGUUGACCCAGACAAGCAGAGGCAUUGGUUGGAGUUUACAAAGUCAAUUGCCAAACAAAUGAAAUCCCAGCCUCCAUUCACCAUGUGUCUACGUGUCAAGUUUUACCCGCCCGACCCUGCCGCCCUAAAAGAGGAAAUCACCAGAUAUCUCGUCUUCCUGCAGGUUAAGAGGGACCUCUACCAUGGUCGCCUCCUGUGCAAGACAUCAGAUGCUGCUCUUUUGGCUGCCUACAUAUUACAAGCUGAAAUUGGUGACUACGACCCUGGCAAACACCCAGAGGGCUACAGCUCCAAGUUCCAGUUCUUCCCCAAGCACUCAGAGAAAUUGGAGCGGCGGAUUGCUGAGAUCCACAAGACUGAGCUGAUAGGUCAGAGUCCUGAAACAUCAGAGCUCAACUUCCUCCAGAAGGCUCAGAUGCUGGAGACGUACGGAGUGGACCCUCAUCCAUGCAAGGAUGUGUCUGGCAACCCAGCUUUUCUGGCUUUUACUCCUUUUGGAUUCACUGUGCUGCAAGGAAACAGGAGGGUCCAUUUCCUCAAAUGGGAGGAGGUGACCAAACUCAAGUUUGAAGCAAAGACAUUCCAUAUAUAUGCAAAUCAGAAGGAGGAUAAGAAGAUCAUACUGACAUACUUUGCACCUACACCGGAGGCCUGUAAGCAUUUGUGGAAGUGUGGAGUCGAGAAUCAGGCCUUCUACAAGCUGGAGAAGUCGAGUCAAGUUCGCACUGUGUCAAGUAGUAAUCUAUUCUUCAAGGGCAGUCGCUUUAGAUACAGUGGAAAGGUUGCAAAAGAAGUAAUGGAACAAAGUGCCAAAAUCAAGAGAGACCCCCCUGAGAUACACAGGGCUGGUAUGGUGCCGAGCAGGAGCUGUCCAUCCAUCACCCAUGGCCCUCGUUUGACAAGUGUGCCCAGGACCCGACGGCGAGCUGUGCACAUCUCCAUCAUGGAGGGUCUGGAGUCCCUUCGAGACAGCGCCCACUCCACGCCUGUGCGCUCCGUCUCCCAUGGGGACUCCUUUAUGUCUUCUCGGGGCCACAUGGUGGACGGCAGUGAGGCAAGCACGUCUGCAAUCAUCUCUGACGAGGCCUACAGCCCUUCGGACAGCGUGCUGCCCACACCUGUGGCCGAACACGGGAUGGAGAUGCCAUUGGCUCGUCACCUCAAUGGAGCUCCCCGCAGCAUCGAUGAGGAGAAGGAGCCAGAUGCAGGUGCAUCGAAGGAGAGGCAAGCAGGGGCUUGCACUUCCGGCAGGAGAGGACUGCGUAUGAUCAGGAGCAGGCCAUCACCACCAAGCGAUGUAGAGGAGCUGAACAAGUUCAUCCUGAGCGUGUUACGGCUGUUCCUCGUUACCAUCGGACUGCUGUUCGCCCUGCUGCUGCUCCUCAUCAUGCUGACAGAGUCAGACUUGGACAUUGCCUUCCUGAGAGACAUCCGCAAGACACCUGAAUUCCAGCAGUUCCACUUUGAAUACUUCUGCCCUCUGCGGCGCUGGUUCGCCUGUAAGUUACGAUGGAUGGGAGGUUUUCUCAUCAGCAAGUGAAGCAAAGUGAAAGAUGCAGAAACUGAAUGACACAACACAGGGGACACACACACACAGACGGUGGGACGGCAGCCCUAUUCUGAUUAUCAAGUCAGCUUCUCCCAGGAAGGAGUUCCUGUCACAAGCCACGUACUGUCCCCUGAUGGGCCUUGUUUGUUUGACCAUCACUGCGAGGAAAGGAAAUCACAUUUUACUUUGGUAAUUCAGGUCAUUUCAAGGUAUUUUAUUUUUUACACAGUCACAGUAACAGGGUUUAAUUUAAACACCGAAAGGGACAAGCAAGUCUGAAAGACUUCACCUAUUCAACCACAGAAAAUAGUUGCCUUUAUUUUUGUAUUAAUUUAUAUGUUGCAACAUCAUUGUAAGGCAGAAUGACCUGAUGUGUGGGGUGUGUUUUGUGUGACCUGAGAGUUUGAGUAAAGUUUUGAGAGAAGAUGAGAUGGGGGCCCAUUCUAGCUCAUCUAAUUUUCAUAGUUCAAACCAAUAGUAACAUUCAUUAUGAUGAAAUGUUACUAUGGUCGCUGCUUUGAGAUUGUAAAGUUGAGUUGUACCAGUAUCUGAGGGUUAGAGAAAGUGUGAUAUGGAAAACUAAGCAGUAAUGAAUGUAGAUCAAUCCUGAGACAAAUAAUAUUUGCAAAUAUUAAAGUUUUCUAAAAUGGAAUUGGCCAUGUAGAGGGACACAUGUGAGUGUUAAAACACAGGAAAGAGUUGCAAAAAUAAUAAAUGCACCUUUGAAUGAUGGACAACUUUCCUGAAUUGUCCUGAUGUGUUAUACAACCCAACAUCUAGUAUAUUGAAUUUAAACAAAUGCUAAAAAUGUGUUGCAGUAUGUAUUUGACUCAGGAGUGAUGUUGCUGCUGAUCUGUUGGCUUGAAUCAUUGUUACUGUUAUAACAAUAUGUGGCCGGACGUCCAUUAACAGUGUUCUCACGUUACCGUUUCUGUCCAGCUGUUAGAGCACCGAUAAAGUUUUGUCAUCCAGUGACUAUAUAUUAAGGAUAAAUUGUAAGGACAUAAGUAAGUAAUGGAGGAGGUAGGUUUACUGAUUUUAUACCAUAGCAGCCAAAUAAUGCUACUAGCUACAAUCAACUUCUGUGUGUAAGGAGCAGUUGUCACUUUGCUGUAGUUACUUUUACAGUAGUUGUAAAGGUGAUGGGACUAUUUGAGUUAGUCCUGUAGUGAUAGUGAAGUGUUUGGUUAGCUCUUUGCCUCCCACACUCUGUAGAUGGAGUUUAUCUUGAUGUGCAAUACUGUUAAUAUAAAAAAACCAACAAGAUCCUUUCCAUUAAGGGAAAUCUGACCUUGUUUUACCUUUGUAAAGUGCAAAAACUAGUGCUAUUUUCCCCACAGUACCCGAUUAAGAGAGCUUGUUGUAAGUUCACAUGUUGAGUGAAGGUCAUUUAACUUUGUUUAGUCCUGCUGUGUUCAAAUUUAUGCAUUUAUCUGUGAAGGCUGAAUAUAUUUAAAUCAUGUUUCCAUUUUUGUACAAACUGAUGUCUUGUUAACACAUGGAUAUUUUCCUCACUCAGUGACUUUUAAUGGACUUGAAGCAUUUUUUUUUUUUUUUUUUUACAGUAGAUACAUAGUUUUCAGCCCUGCUUACAAGACAGCCUAAGUAAGUCAUGUUUAUGUCCUACUGUAAUCUUCAUUAUCACACCUACCAAAGAAACCUCUGUUGUCUGAUAUUCAGUCAGUUUGUGUCAACAGAUGAAAACUCUGAUAGUCUGCUGUCCUUCACCAGCCUUAUUACAUACGUGCUAUUUCACAGGUUAGCCUGCAGUGCGUCUUUACAGCACAGAGCCAGUCAGUUUGUGACAGUUAACAAUUGCUCCUCUUAAGUAUCCUACAAGUAGUUGGUUAGGAAGUGUAUGUGCUGUGUAUCAGUGGUAAUUACAGGCUGAUCAGCAACAUUAUACCUUAAAAAAUUAUGUUUUAUGCAACCAGAGAUGGUUUGGGAAAGUGAUUUGCUGAAAGGUUUAGGAUGUGCAGGUGUUUGGAAAGUUGAUGUAUUAAUAUUCAAAUCCUUCCUAAAGAAAUCCACAGGUUGAAAGUUAACAUGAACAUAGUACUCAGAAUCCCUGUAGUAUUAAAUAUCUAGGCUUAAAAUAUAGAUUCGCUUUUGCACAGUAUUGAUAUUUUCAAGAUCAGAUACCCUCAUAUUUUGUGGUUUGUUUUCAGACUUGAUAAAUUACAGAUGUAUUUGCUUUAAUUCAGAUGCGCUCUGUGGUUUUGAUUGAUGUGUUAGUUCAUGUGCGGAGAAAAAAAAAGGCCAGUCCAAGCAGAAAAUUAACUUUUACUUAUCUAUACCUAUCAUUUGUACUUUAUAGUCCCAAUUUAGAUUCAUGGUAUGAAAAACUUUACUACAUAAUUUGAGCAAUAAAUAUUAAAGAUAAUGUAAUGAAUAUUAACCAUAAACUGCAAACUAAUAUUUGUCUGUCUGCUAGACAUGCUGUUUGGUUGUUGCCUAAUCCUUGACUCAAGUUAUUGAAACCGAGUAGAAGCAAGUUUUCUUGUGAAAGUACAUGUAAAUGACGUGAACACAUCAGACAGUUGAUCCAUUUUCAAUUGACUCUGAACAGGUUUGGAGGAGCAAUUUGUAUUUUAAUUCUAACAGCAUAAGUAGCAUAUUCAACUACCUGAAUAUUUCUUUUUGCAACAGCUCAAUAUAUAUUUUUUGGAUUGCUAAAAUCUGUUUCAUAUCACUUGGACUGGCAUAGUGACAAAGAUUGGUCACAGUUGUUUUGACAGGCAACACUUGUACGCAUUUUACUGCAUCAUGUAAACAGGAAAAGGCCUCAGAUGUGGUCUUAGUGUAAGCUUCCUUCCUGUACCAUAUCCCUGCACAUGGAUAUGUCUGUAAGCAUGUGUUCUGCAUUUAUUACCUCCAAACAAGACUGCUUAUUUCCAAUCACUGACUGAGGACUGGUGUGCUCUAUUUAUGAAUAAAUAUAAUCUAUUCUUGACAUCUGGCAGCUAGUCUGGCUACAAGUUCAAUCUUGAGUUCACAGAAGAAACAAACAGUCAGCAUGGUAACCCAGAUGAGCAGCUUAUGACAUUUUUCAGGAUCCAUGCUUGAAUGCAAUUGACUGUAGUCAAUGCUGCCAUCUUAAGGUGGCAAUAAUACUGCCACUGCUGAAAUUAAGCAUUCACACUCAGAAUGUUUAGUAUAAAACUUUCUCAAUUUAUUAGAUUUGCUUUAUGAAAAACAUAAAAAAAGGAAAUUAACCAUCAAUUGUAAAACAGCAGCACAAAUGGUGUUGCUGUUUAGAAUUCCCUGCUCCACAAACAAACAGAGGGAACCCAUUUUAGAAAUUGCUUGGGUUCUGUAAAACAUUUGGAGUAUAACGCAUUGCAAAUAUCAGAGCAGAAAAGUAAACAGCAGCAAGCGAGUGAAAAACACAAACUUUUGGCCAGAUUCAACCAUAUCCUACCUUAACAGUGCAUGAAUAAGUGCUUGCAAACCCUUCACUUUCUUUUCAAUCAGUAUAUAUUUAGGAAUUUUCUUACUGAUAAACAAAAAAAAAAAA